UACUGAACAGGACAGCAGGUCCAAAGAAAACUCUUAUCAUGAAAAUUCUUCUGGGAAGGGUCCUACUGUUGGCUGCCGCAUCUACAGCUGCCCUUCUAGAUGGCAACAAUGCAAUUGUUGACAAUGCCAAUACUACUAACUAUAGAUUGCCAAAUAAUUCAGUGCCAAUUUCAUAUUCUAUCAGAUUGAUACCGUACAUCAUCGUAGACAAUUUUACAUUCGAUGGAGAAUCUACGAUUAAACUUGAGGUUCUAAAAUCAAGUUCUUCGAUAACUCUUCACAUACUAAAUCUUACUAUAGACGAGAGUGCAACAUCCUUGGUGUCCAGUGGUAAUAUAAAACACAAAAUAGCCAGUCAUACUUACGACAUCAAAAAACAAUUUUUGAUUUUGAAUUUCGCCACCCAUUUGUCAACUGGAUAUUAUACCCUGCAUUUGAAGUAUGUUGGUAUCCUAGACAAUGAAACUUUGAGUGGUUUCUAUAGAAGUUCUUAUACCAACGACAAUGGUGAAACUGUCUGGUUGGCUACCACACAAUUCGAACCAACCUCAGCACGUAAAGCUUUCCCGUGCUGGGAUGAACCUGGACUCAAAGCCAACUUCACUAUUUCUAUUAAACACGAUGUUAACUACACGGCGUUAUCAAAUAUGCCAGUUGCCAAUCAAUCGGCAAUCGACAAGACUGAUAACAAAUUAUGGACAACUUUCAAAAGAACACCCAUUAUGUCAACAUACUUGGUGGCUUUUGUAGUUUCGGAUUAUGGAUACGUCAGCAACGGGGACAAAAGAUUCAGAGUUUGGUCUCGCAAAAAUGCACUUCGCAGUGCAAAUUAUGCGUUGACUCGAGGAGAGUCGGAUUUAAAAUAUUUAGAAAAAUACACAUCGAUUCCGUUUGCUUUACCAAAAAUGGAUCAAAUUUCUAUCCCAGACUUUUUCUUCGGAGCUAUGGAAAACUGGGGCUUGGUUACCUAUAGAGAACCAGAAAUGCUAUACGAAGACAGCGCAAAUAUAUCACUGACAAAACAAAAUGUUGCAAAAAUUAUUUCUCAUGAAUUUUCUCAUCAAUGGUUUGGAAAUCUUGUCAGUCCAUCCUGGUGGAAGUAUCUUUGGCUGAAUGAAGGCUUCGCAUCUUAUUUCGAAUUUUACAUCACGAACCAGGUGGAAAAGAAUUGGCGCUUUAUGGAACAAUUCGUAGUUCGUAGUGUACAAGAAGAUGCCUUUACAGCAGAUUCUUCCGACACUACCCAUCCUUUGAACCAGGAUGUAUCGACUCCAGAAGAAAUUAGUGCACUUGUCGAUUUCAUUACCUAUCAAAAAGGGGCUGCUGUGAUUCACAUGAUGUCCAAUUUCCUGACUCCCCCCGUCUUUCGCGCUGGUCUCACCAGAUACUUAAAGAAUAAUGCCUAUAGGGCGGUCACGUCCGAUGACCUGUGGGGCGCUUUACAAGAGGUAUCUGAAGAAUUUGAAGUUCUGCCGCCUGAGAUUUGCCUUAAAAAGGUGAUGGACACUUGGGUCGAGCAGCCUGGAUUUCCACUGAUCACUGUCACCAGGGAUUAUAAAACUGGAAAAGCUAAUAUCAGUCAGGAACGAUAUUUUCAAUCUGGUGCUAGUGGUGACGGUACCAGAUGGUGGGUUCCUAUCAGUUACACAACUCAGGCUGAUCUAAAUUUUUCAUCAAUAUCACCUCGCGAGUGGCUCCCUCAAGCGAAAAAUAAUAUAGUCCUAAGCGGAUUUAAGCCAACUGAUUGGACCAUUUUCAACGUACAGCAAUCAGGUUACUAUCGUGUCAACUAUGAUGAAAGAAACUGGAAGUUAUUAACUAGCUAUUUGAACAGUGAGGAUUAUAUAAAGAUUCAUCCCGUCAAUCGUGCGCAACUCAUCGAUGAUUCUUAUAACUUGGCUUUUGCCAAUCGUAUCAACAUCUCUAUGUUUUUGGAUAUUUCGGUUUAUAUCCGCCGUGACGUUGAUUACAUUCCCUGGUAUCCGAUGUUGAGCAUUAAUAUUAAUUUAUAUCAAAAAUUAGCAAACACCAGAAGCUUCUCGUUAUUCAAGAAAUUUUUUGUGGAAAGUUUUGAAAAAUCAAUUGCUGCUGUUGGAUAUGUCCAGCACGAUGACGAUGAACAUCUUAUAAAGUUUCACAGAAGAAAUAUGUUAAAGUAUGCAUGCAUUCACGGCAGUGAAGAAUGCAGAUCUAAUGCAACUGCGAAGCUGGUUGCAUAUUUGAAAGAUCCAAUUGCAAAUCCGAUAUCACCUGAUUUGAGAGAGUUUGCAUUUUGCGGUGGACUUAACAAUGCAAAUGCAACUGUCUGGAACAUGGUUUUAGAUCUUUACGCCAAGAGCCCUUCUCUCACGAUAAUUAAUUAUCUUGGUUGUUCCGAAAACGAAAAAAUCUUGACAAACUACAUGUCACUGGCAACAAAAAACAAUUCGACGAUACUCAAGAAGGAUUCGUCUGAUGCGUUCGCGUCCAUAUAUGUUGGCAGCGGUGAUAAUAUAAACUUCGCCUUGGACUACCUUAUCGACAAUUUCGACAAAUUAUAUGCAUUCUGGGACGCACCAACAGAUAAGAUGACUGGGCAUAUUUCUGCGCUUGGUAACCUCCUAACAACAAGAGAACAACUCACGAAGUUGAAAUCUUUGGUCGAAAAGCACAAUGAUGUAUUCGGAUCUGAUGGGCAAACUGCAAUCGCCACUGCAGAAUCUAACGUUAAAUGGGCUGAAACUUACGAACCAGUUUUCCACAAAUGGUUUAGUAAUUUCUAUAAGCUGUAAGACGAAGAAACUACUUCCACUACUGGUGUUAACACUGACCAUGACCAACACUCCAGCUAGUAAAGGCUAAGAAUCACCGUGAUUGUAACCGAUACUAGAUAAACAUGCGUCACCCAGUAGCAUUAUGCAUCUAACUAUGCAGUUUUCAAUUCAAAGUAGAACGAAGGAGUCCCUGAUCAACCCUCAUACGGAACAGUUAUCCUUCUGGAGUCUUGGGUCAAAGAUGGUAAAUCUUUUAGUGGCUUCGUUUUAGGAUCAGCUCUGACUAAAGCAGCAACAUCAGAAAUCCACACUCGCUUCCGCAGCAGAGAUAGAAACCACUUUAGUACUUUAUCUUUUGAUUGAUGCAACUGAAAUAAUCUCAUCGCCGCGGAACAUUCCAAUAAAUGAUAUUUCUGCAUCAA